AUGGGUUUGGUUGUGAAAGAGUUUUUGGCUGAGGCUGUGGAGGAAGCCUUCCCCUGGUUUGGUAUGGACAUCGGCGGCACGCUGGUGAAGUUGGUGUACUUUGAGCCAGUCGACAUAACAGCAGAGGAAGAACAGGAAGAAGUAGAAAACCUCAAGUCCAUCCGGCGCUACCUCACCUCAAACGUGGCCUAUGGUAAAACGGGCGUCCGUGACGUCCACCUGGAGCUGAGGAACCUGACCAUGUGCGGCCGGACGGGGAACCUGCACUUCAUCCGCUUCCCGACGCAGGCCAUGCCCCGCUUCAUCCAGAUGGGGCGGGACAAGAACUUCUCCAGCCUGCACACAACGCUCUGCGCCACCGGGGGCGGGGCCUACAAGUUUGAGAAUGAAUUCAGAUCGAUGGCCGACCUGGAGCUGCUGAAGCUGGACGAGCUGGACUGCCUGAUCCGGGGUCUGCUGUACGUGGACAGGGUUAGCUUCAACGGACACCCAGAGGGAUACUACUUUGAGAACCCCUCGGACACCCAGAGCUGCGUGAAGAAGACCUGCACCCUGGACAACCCUUUCCCCAUGCUGCUGGUCAACAUCGGCUCCGGGGUCUCCAUCCUGGCCGUUUACUCAGAGAACGACUACAAACGCGUGACUGGGACCAGUCUGGGUGGCGGUACAUUCCUGGGCCUCUGCUGCCUGCUGACGGGCUGCGAGACGUUCGAGGAGGCCUUGGAAAUGGCCAGCAAGGGCGACUCUACCAACGUGGACAAACUGGUUAAAGAUAUCUACGGAGGAGACUACGAGCGCUUCGGCCUGCAGGGCUCUGCUGUCGCCUCCAGUUUUGGUCACAUGAUGAGCAAAGAGAAGCGAGACAGCAUCAGUAAGGAAGACCUGGCUAAAGCCACACUGGUCACCAUCACGAACAACAUAGGAUCCAUUGCACGGAUGUGUGCAGUCAACGAGAAAAUUGAGCGUGUGGUGUUUGUCGGGAACUUCCUUCGUAUCAACACGGUGUCCACAAAACUGCUAGCCUACGCCAUGGACUUCUGGUCCAAAGGACAACUCAGAGCCCUCUUCCUGGAACACGAGGGUUACUUUGGAGCUGUCGGGGCGCUGUUGGAGCUGCACAAGACAACCGAGGACCCAUAAAGUGGACGAUGUCAUGACAUCAUCAACCCUCGACAGGAAGAUGUCAUCCAACCCUGAAUGCUGUGAUGUCAUCAACUCUCGAUGCCGUGAUGUUGUCAACUUUUGCUGCUGAAAAAAGGUCCUGUUCACAGGGACCCCUAAAGGAACACUGAGCGAGAGACACAGAAACUGAGAAAAGCCAUUUUAAUAAUUUAACUCUUGUAAAUAAUGUAAACCUCUAACAUUCAUCUCCUAAACUUCCCAAACAGAGUCCCCCUAUCAUAGAGGUUUUAAUAUUUUAAUCUUUAAUUUAUGGUUUCCUGUAACCCCCUUGAUUCCUGUAAUCAGUGCUGUGUCAGGAAGCACAGAGACACAGAGUAUUUUAGUGUGUUUUUGUCUUUUUGUUUUGUGAAUAGCUACUGUAGCAUAACAUCCUUGAGGCUGUGGCUCCACGGGAGACUGUUUGUGCAACAAUUAUUCAAGAUAAGAUGUCUGCACAGAAAUUAAGUCACUCUUGAAUGAUUCAUUGAGCAUUUUAUGGACUUGUAUAAAUUAAUUCCUUGCGACCACAGAAACUCAACUCGAACACCACACCUCCAGCCUUCAGCUGCCUAAUCGGUUACUGACGCUGUAAAACUAUAAAGACCAAAACUCGUGGUUCCACUGCGUCAAACUGCAGCUGGACAGCAGUCAUGGCAGCAGUUAAAGGUCCGGAGGCAUUUUGUUGUUGCACAAAACGUUUCCCACAAUGCCACAGUCCUCUUAGGAGUGCACUGAAGCCAAAUCCUGUUGAGAUUCGUACUACACCUUCAGCCCAGAUGGGGGCAGAAAAAAAUUGUUUUUCUUUUCUGUUGCUCCACUGCACAUGGCCUUUGCUUUUUUGUUUAUUCCUCCUCCUUCUGCCUACCAACAUUAACAACACCAUAUUGCCACACAUGCGUACCUAACCUGCUGAGUUUAGUGUUUGAUGAUGGGACCGAGACAUUGUCUUCCAACAGAUGGCGCUACAGAUGCGUCUGCGUUGUUGAUUUCUGUUAAUGACGAGCUACAACUACAGUUCAGGACCCAGCCUGCCUCAGCGACCAGUGUUUGUUAUUUGGGAUAACCAAUGGGAAUUUUCUUUUUUAUCACUGUAAGGAAUCAUCCUUUUCUUUUUCUCUUACUUGUCCCUGUCUGCAAGUGUCACUUCAGGAGGGUGGAGAUCUGAUUCCUCUCCCUCUAACUUCACUGCCUCCCCUGCUGCCUUGUUUGGAUGUUGCUAAUGUGAUUUUAUUAGGCUAAUAUCAAAAUAACAUGUGAAUCUUAGCAUUUAAAAGGUUUAGCACCUGAGCUCUACAUUAGAUAGGAGACUAAAAAGCAGAAUUGGUUCAUCUCCUGUAAAUUAGGCUGUAUUUUUAGUAUUUAAAUGAAUUGAUUUGUUCUGUAAGAGCCACCGAUGAGAAAUAACAGUUAACUUAUUACUACACUCUUGGAAAUAUAUGUUAUAGUAGUUGGCCAACAUUCCCCAGCUUCAACCCAGAUUAUCACUUUGUAUUCUUCUUAGAGCAUUUCAAUACUAUGUGCCUCUAUUUUAACCAACCUUUAAACCAGGGGGAUUGAACAUGCCCAGGUACAGAUGACUAAUUCUGCCAAUAUCUCUUCGAACACAAACUUCAUUAGAGUAACUCACACAUAUGCAAACCAUGUAGGAGGAUGUUCGUCCUGAUCAGUCCAUAUCCAAACUAGCACUGUGCAUCACCACAUUUUAAUUUACUAUUUCAUAUUUGUUGAAAGGGAAGACAUAGAGCAGUUUUGUUAUUUUAAGCUUUCCACAGCUUCUCAAAAUACACGAACAUUAGAAAACUGUAUAGUCAAAAAUGAUGAGGGUCCUUUUUAAUCAAAUAGUUAAUUGGCUAACAAAAUAAUCACAAAUGUAAAGAGUGGGUGCUCUGUAGUAAUAUACUCAAAGCUCAAUAUUAGUAUUUUUCUGUGAGUACUUUGAUUGCAGCAGCCUUCAUUAACAACCUAUUCAUUUCAAUAAUCGAAAUGCCAACACUAAUGCAAGUGUUACUAUUUAAAUAGUAGCGACUUUUGUUGGGACUGUCCCACCAUUUUCUUCUGUUGUUAUAAAGCUGCUUUGUGGUCUGUUUUGUUUUUACAUUUGCCUUGUUUCAACUCAUGUUUGGAUUAUAAUGGUGACCUCAACCUGUUGGGUCUGGUGUUGGUUAUCUUGUGCAACCCCCCCCCUUUCUCACCUGAAACCCUAUCAGUUGCCUUCAGUGUGUGUUCGCCUGGUUUCACCAUGUAUGUGCCCUGUGUGAUUUACCUUCAAUUACUUACCUGCUGAACUUUAACUCAAUGUUUCUGUACCGCUGUGCAUGCAAACAUGUUUCUGCUCAUGUUUCAGACCUGCUUCAUAUGCUUGUUUAUAGAUGGUUUGUUUUUAUGCCAUGGUACUCUAGCAGAAGACUGUGUGUUUGGUAUUCACAACUCUACUGCUAACCCCAAGUGUGUCUUCUUAGUACGAGAGCAGAAUUAACUUCCACUACCACUGCAAUGGUUUUGAUUAUAGUGUAAUCCUUUGGAAAGCCACAACAAUAUUUGGGUAACAUAAAUAAGAAGAACUGGACAUUUUGAUGUUUUUCCAGGUUUUCUUCAUUAUUUUUCUGGGCAAAUGUGUGGUUUGGGAACAUUUAACGGAAUUUGUUUUGUCCUUUUAAUUGGUUUAAGCCUUUUUUUGUGGCCAGUACGAAGUAAAUAUGUGAGUGUUUUCCCAUGUGAUUUUAAUAUACUGUACAGAAUUGUCAUGUAUUUUUUAUUUUUUUUGGUUGGCACAAAAGAACCAGUGUGAUUGUUUCCAGAAAUGUCACUUUCAUGUGCGAUCAGGCUGAGAAGCCUUUUAAAACGUGCUGAUUUGCAUAACUAGAAAAAGUAAUGACUGUGAGUUGAUGAUUUUUUUCUUUUCAAACACACCUUCUCACUGUCCUGCAGGGCCUAUUAUCUCACAUCAGCUGAACACCCAAGUACGAGGAACAUUUAAACAUAGAAGUCCGUUUGAACUUUUUACAAUCUGCUGUUCAACAUCUGGCUGCGUCCUUGAUGUCCGUUUUAAGAUGAUGCAUGGUCCCUGCAUACCAUAGAUUACUGUACAUGUUUGACAGCAUUUUAGUGUACUGCUAUGUUCCCAGUAGUGGUAUAAAUGCUAGUUGUAAAAUAACUCUACUAAUCUAAAACAGUUCUACAGUACACCAGAGUUUAUGUAAUGCCAUGGGGAUGUCAUGAGUUCAGAUACUCUGCUUUGAUGAUAGUCUGAGUUAAGAUUUUUAGAGUCUGGGGUUUGCCCCUCAGUAAACUUUGUCUGAAGUUAAUUUCCUGCUGGGACCAUCCAACCCACAUCAGUAUACUUUCCAGUGAUACUAGUAGGAGUUUUGGCUUUAAAUGUCAUGCCACCCUUAGUGAAAUCUAACCAACAGGCUAUGCAGUAACUCACCCAUGGAUCUCUUUUUCCCUUUCAACAAACUCACCUCUUCUUUAAAGCAACCAGUCUAUUGGACUUGUUUGUAAAUGUUUUUUAAAAAUAUAUAUGCAACCCAUGUGAGUUUUCCCCUGUUAAAAAUCCUGUUUGAAUCUUGACGGAAGAUAAUUUCUCCUCCUGAAGUUUCUGUCCUGCUGAUUUGUUAACACUAUUCAAGGUGAAUGCUCGCAACAGAAUGUUUUAGGCCGGAUUAUGCACCAAAAUGAGUGUACCAUGCAUGUUUUGUUGGUAUAGUCUGUGUGACUAAACAUGUAUGCACUGUGGCACAGUAACACAUGCUGUAAGAAGCUCUGUUAACACACCUACAGCUAUUUUGGAUUUACAUCUAAACUGUGAAUCUCUGUUGGAUGAAUGACCCGGGUUCACUUUUAUCUUGAACAGUGUUUGUUUACGAUAUAAAUCAAACUGUAAACAUCCUGUCAAACCUCAUGUUGCAUACUAUAAACCGUGGCAUAAUGUUCCUUGUGACCUUCUGACCUUAGGCUUGUGUGAUAGUUUGCUUAACCUUUUCUCAAAGGGCCUAAUCCGGUUUACACCCUGUUGCGUGAAUACAUCCCACCUUUAAAACUGUCUUCUGGAAUGCUUGACUAGCAGGACAGACAUUUUCAACCUUGUGUAUUUGAUUGUACAGAGAUUUUGUAAAUAAUAUUAAUAUGAUAUAUUCUACACCAGCAAUCUUUCUGUUGAUUAAGUUGUUUCAGCAGUUCUUGGCUUCCCAAACAUGACCCGGCACUUCUUUUGCAAAUCCCAACGUAGACAGAAGAUGCACCGUGACAAACCACUUUGAAUGACGAAUAGCGUUAAAUAACAUACGUGUAGAUGUUUAUUAUUGGUUGUAUAGAAGUGUUGUCAUCCUUUGUACAUGUGGUAACCCACCAAUCAGAUAGUAUUUCUGUACAUGUAUUGUAACUUUAUUAACAUGUUCUUGGUUUUAUUCAAGCUCAGACUUUGAUUAAAGAUAAUCAUGCUUAUUAUGUCAUUGUUACUUCGAUUGGGAAUUGUAGGGAAAAUGUGGUAUUUUGAAAAAGUGUUAUACAGUCCGGAUGCUGGAUUCUCUGUGAUGUGGAUCUGGGUAUGAACAUUUUGGGAAGCCUAGUGCUGGUUAUUGCGUCAAUUCUGCUGCUGCUUUUAACUCCGGUUUGGAAAAAAUAAAGGGUUAAAAUGAAAAAAAAAGACAAAUAAAAAUAAUGGCUCCCUGCCUUGUGCAAUGUGUAUGUACUGAAGUGAAGAUAUUCUUUUCCACAAAGGAAUUAAACUAAAACUGGAU